AUGGCGAUAUGGCCUUUUGGCCGGAGCAAUAAGAAUAAGCGGCAUACCAUUCAAGUCACCCCCGAAGAAGCCGCUACUCUUCACUCCUCCCUCGACCAAGAUCCUGCCCCCGAACCAACCUUGGGCCGCAAACCUUCCCUCCGGCCCGCCAAGCGAAAACAAAACAACGACAACGUCAACGUCAACAACAAUCGCCUGUCGCGUAAUGGGGAUCCCUCAGACCCCAUCCCAAGCCUAGGUCGAUCGUCUUCCCAACGACAACGACCCAUGUCGCUGAUCGACCAUCGUUCCUCGCAAAUGUCGUCCGACCGCGUCGACCCGGAUGGUCCGCAGCGACCGCUCUCGAGAACCGAAUCUUUAAUGAAGGGCAAGAUCCCAAAUGGCCCCAAUAAAUUGCGUCGCAGAUUGAGCAAACGCAAGGCCCACGAGAUCAUGCGCGAACGUGAGAUCCGCAUGCUCUCCUCCACACCGAUCGACAUCCCGCGUCGAAUAGGUCACCCGGGCGAAUACAAUAUGAUGGAUCAACGCCGCCGCGCAAACGGCCGCCGCAUGGAUCGGUAUAAUUCGGAUAUCAGUCUUUCGAUUCGCGAUUCGGCCGCCUCAUCCAUGUCGGACCUAAACGAUCCUUACACUUUUAAGGUCAAUGCGUUUGCGGCUCUGACCCCCCGACCCGUGGUUCGAUACGUCGAAGCGCCUCGUGUUCCCACGGCUCGAAGCAAUAACCCUGCUUCUGGUCGUCCCGAUAAGGACCGUUUACAAACAUUACCCCAGUCGGAGGAAGAUCUAUAUCAUUCAAAGCGCCGGAUGAAUGAAUUGGCCGAUUCACUGGAUGCGAGCACGUUGCGCGAGUUGAUGGAGCGAGAUCGUCGCCGUCGUGAGAAGAAGCAGAUCGACGACCAAGAGAAAUUACGCCGGAAGUUACAGGAACGAGCCGAUGCUCAACAAGCGGAGGAGGAGCGAUUAGCCCAAGAAGCCGUCGCAGCGGCGGCAGCAGAGGCAGAAGCAGCAGCAGCAGCAGCAACGGCCGCGGCGGCCGCGGCGGCACAAGAGAGCGCCAUGGUUACAGAUGAUCAAGAACGGUCUACACACGAAGAGGAGAAGGUGGACUCGCCUGUCGAGGAAGAAGCCCGAGGCGAAUCAAAAGGCAGCGAUGCUAUUGUUGAUGAGUCCAUCGAUGAACGAAGCGUCCGAGUCAUUGGAAACAUCGAUGACAGUUCUAUCCGCGAGCGCAAAUUGGUUGCUCGCCCUAGCUUUGCCCCUUCACAUGAGAUGGGUAUGUCUCGUACCACACUCUCACCAUCCCAUUCCUCUCUCCGACAAGGAAUCAGCAGUCCCACCCAUUCCCAAACAUUUGGCAUGGGCUCGAACUCCGAUCUCUCCGAACGUCGUCUCUCUGACACCAGCGGCCGCCGCGGCGCAAACACAAUCUCAUCUUUGUUCCGACGUGGUUCCUCUCGACUCAAGCGCCGUUACCGUGAACGAUUCCAAGAAUCGAGUCCCGAGGUCUCUAACGCUUCGCACGAGUCCUUCUAUAGAAUCCAAACACAAUCCUCUCCCCCACCUACAGCUACUAUUAUCCCUCCACGAACAUUCAUUCCUACGGGGACAAUCCAACGUUCCCAGUCAAAAUUCACAGAACACUUCGGCGACGAGCCCAUGUCUCCCCCGGACUCUCGCUUACAGUCCCCUGAUAUCCCUGAAGAACCCGCAGAGUCUUCCCAGAUCCACGACGAGGGCACAUUCCUGCAAGGCCCAACUCCCAGCGCAAGCGUGGAUAUUAUCAACCCCCGCCGACGCCACCAUCAGUCUUGGACCGAAAGCAUUGAUGAAUGCGACAACGUCCCGCUUUCUCAGUCUCUCGCAUCCAUUGACUCUGAAGGCUCCUGGAUGUCUGGCCAGUUCUUCCGUCGUAUGAACCAGAAUCCUGGAAGUCCUGUUCGGCCUAAUUUCAGUUCCUUUGGACCUGGUACUACCGAUGCCGCAGCUGAUGUACCGGAUGAAGCGCGCAAUUCGAUCGACUCUCGCGGUCCCAGCAGCAACGUCAUGGGAGAAGCUGAUACAGAGAUGGAGACCGACCUCGCUGGUUCUGAAGCCGGGAAGCCCGCAGAGAUGUGGCAUAGCGAAGUUGGUCGUCGACCUGUUGUCGUUAAUCCCGUUUCUCGUCCCAAGUCUAACCAGGGUGCGCUGAGAGUUAUUCCUUCUUUGUCGCCUAUCUCGGCGGAGGAGGACUACAGCCCUGUUAGUCCUUUGGAAGAGGAAGAUGAAGGAGAAGAAGAGCAUCAUCUUCCUCAGCGAGUUGCCAGUGUCCACGGCAUCAUCGAUCACGUUUAA